AAAUCUGACAGGUUGCAAUUGACAAAGCGAGCAUCCAUGCAAGACAAUGGCCUGCAUUCAUAAAUUUAUUGAACACCUGUUGAAUGAUACUUUGCACUUAUCUGGUCUCCACCAACUUCUAAGAAGAAGAUUUGGCUCUUUAGCUGCUAAGUGAUCCAGUGUGUUUAGCAGGUAUGGGGGCUGUUCAGAGCACUGGGGGGGUGGGAAUACAGCACAGUGGGAGUGGACAGGACUGUGACCACCAGCCUAUAAUUGAGAAGGACGGCAUCAAGAGGCGGAGCUCCAACUUGAGGCACAGCUCAGGAGAGACGGUUCACUGUCCAACUUGUCAGGGCACCGGGCGUAUACCAAGAGGUCAGGAGAGCAAGCUGGUGGCCGUCAUCCCCUGUAACGACCAGAGGCUGAGACCCAGACACACGAAGCUGUAUGUUGCCGUGUCCGUCGGUGUGUGCCUGCUGGUCAGCUCCCUGGUGUUGUUCUUCCUGUUUCCUCGCUCUGUCCUUUUGUCUCCGGUAGCUGUGAAGUCGUCCUUUGUUUACUUCACCGCCAGCAGCGUCCAAAUUAACAUCACGAAUGUGUUGAACAUCAGCAACAGUAACUUUGUGGCGGUGCAGGCCUAUAAUCUGACAGUGCAGGCCCUCAGCUUUGACACGGUGGUGGGAACGGUGUCCAUUAAGAACGUCACCUCGGUCAAACCUCUGUCCGUCAAAACGUACUCCUUCGUGAUCCCCAUCAAUCUGACGGACCCCGGCCUGAAUAACUACUGUAAGAAACCCUCCAUACCUGUCCACAUUCUGGAUCUGCACCUGCAGAUGUCUAUGACGGUUUACUACCUGGCCCACUAUGAGCAGCUCUCCCUGGAGACGUACGAGUACAUCGACUGUGGAGCGAACAGUACCAUACCACACCAAAUGCAGCCCCCACCCCCCUGAUGGAUGGACAGAUAAGAGGAUCGGAUGACGUACUGCGUGUGAGGUGGAAUAGUUUGGAUUACGACUUGUUGUUUUUUUUUUUCCCCAUGAACUGUGACUCUAAAAUGUUCAUUAAGAUAUAACGUUAUACCAGGAUGCCACUGAUGCUCAUCCUGGAUUGAUGGAUGCAGAGCCCUGCAAAGAAAAGAUGAAUGAGUGACUAAGGGCAUUUUCAUGCCUAACCUGUUUCAUUCCGUUGAAACAAACUCUGGGUGCGUUUGCCCAGUUAGGACCGUUGGUUUUGGCUGAUAUCAGAAACCCCGGUGUGGACCAAACUGCUGCACUGAGACCGUUUAAAAAAGAGGCUCUCAGUCUGCUUGGGCUCUGACGUGGUUCGUUUGUGGACUGAAAGCAGCCACACACACACACCUAAACUACUGGAGACACACUAAACUACUCAUAAAUCCACCUGCUGUUCGUGAACUGUUUCAGGAAACCGUCUUAUAAUUGAUGUGUAUAAUCAAUUUAUAUAUUUAUGUAACUAAUUUGUCGACGCGUCAGCAGGAGUCAGUCAAACGCAGUUUAAACCAUCAGCUGUUGUAUUUGUAUGCUCUGUGCUCCCAAUAUAUAUAUACAUCCUGUUUGUCAUUAUUCGUAGCACAUUAUAUUUGCAGCCUAAUAAAACUAAUAGUGCUCAUAA